AUGGGUGAGGGGAGACGCGACAGUUUCGAGGGUGUGAGUACCGACCGCCUCAAACUGGAGCUCAUGGAGGAGAUCCACAUGAAGGAUAUAGCGCAGCUCUCCAUGCUUGAAAUAAAGCACAAGAUAACGGAGCUGGAGGCCAGGCUGCAUGCUGAGAGCCAAGGUGGUGAAUGGAAAACCCGUUAUGAGACCCAACUUGAAUUGAACAGUCAGCUUGAAAAGCAAAUUGUUUCCCUGGAAGAGAAAAUGGAAAAAAUCCGUGGGAAUCCUUCAGAUAGACUGUCUUCUAUUCGUGUCUAUGAGCGGAUGCCAGUGGAAUCCUUAAACACGUUACUCAAACAGCUGGAGAAAGAAAAACGGAGUCUCGAGAACCAAGUGAAAGACUACGCACUUAGACUGGAACAAGAAUCAAAGGCUUACCACAAGACCAACAGUGAGCGCCGUACGUACCUAGCAGAAAUGUCCCAGGUAAAAGGCUCACAUCCAGUUCCCAAAAGACAACAGUCAGACCAACUGCCCAGAAUGAAAGAGAAUCUAAUGAAAACGGGGAGAGCUUAUGCGGUUAAUCAGAAGAUAGGGAGCGGCAAGAAAGGACCAGUGAAAAAGGUCACGAGAACAAGCCAUCUCCCAAAACUCAACCCGUGA